AUGGUUGACCAGCUUUGUAGUAGACCUUUCUCCCUAACGAAGAAAAAAUGUGAAAUCCCUCGGAGGAAGAAAAGAUCCAAUUUUGACAGUGACAGAAGAGUAACUGAGAAACGUCAGAUAGUGUCUCUACGCAAAAAGAGAAGCACGGGUAAUUUCACAGACGAAGAAGCUUUCCUGUUUUGUAACAAUUCCAUUUAUACAACGCCAGCAGUUCAGGAAUUUCCAGAUAAACUUGCUGGAGAAGAUCCAGAUAUAGUUGUUGAGCAGUGCGUUUAUGAUUUAACUCAAGGGAAUGACACAGCUUGGGUGGAUGCCCAUAAAUCAGGUCUUAACAACGCUGUUGAUGCAAUACUUAUGCUGAAUCCUGUAUAUGUUGCAAAUAAUACUGAUAUGGUAGUAUCGUUUCGUUUACAAACGUGUUUGAAUGACUGCAGCGGAAACGGGGCAUGCCUGGAGACAGGACUAUGUGAAUGCAAUGGUACCUUCCGCGGACCCGAUUGUAGCAGUGACAUAAGGAUACCACCUGUCGUAUAUAAUAUAGAAGGAGGUGAAAUAUGUGAAAUAACGGAGGACGACGACUGUUCUUGUUUCCGAAUAAGGACAAAUAACAUAUUUGAUGGAUUUAUGUGUGAUAUCAGCAAGAAUAAGGUGUAUUUCAAUGGCACACGUGUGAAGGGUAACAACUCUAUACAUGCUGGUGACUAUGAAGAUAUCUUUACUGGCAAAUGUUGCGCUUCUGCAGAGCGACAUAGACGUUCUGAUGAAACAAGUGACGACGAGCCUUUCGUCAUUAUGUAUGAAUUUACUGUCAGCAAUGACGGUGUCAGCUAUGGGGGAAUUAACUCUGUAUAUGUGUAUGAUACGACAUGCCUACAGCAGGAUGACAAAGAAGGAAACAUCACCUUUGGUCUCAAGGAUGGGUACUGCUUUAUCGAUGCUACAUGUGUGAUACACAACUCCAAAGUAUUGAGGACAGACGAAUGUUACCUUUGUUAUCCUGCCACAGAUCCGUAUACUUGGACAAAGGGUAAUUGUGAUGAACGAAAGACAGGACUAACAACCGCAUCCUUGAUUGGAAUAGCUACCGGUUCGGUGCUUGCCGUCGUGAUGAUUGCUCUACUGGUUUAUCUCUUUUGCUGCAAGGGUUCAAAGAAACAUCGCACGGUACACGACUCUCACACAAAUCUGCAAACAACGCUGGCCGAGACAUCUCUUCCCGGACCAGCGAAUAUUGGGUUCAAACGCCGACGUGUCCCAUACACCAACAGCUCACCUGCUGACAUGCCAGUUCUUCGUGACAUAAGUGUCGUCUGUGCAGCAAAGUCAAUGUCUAAACGAAACAUGUGGACAAGGUCUAGUGCUGAAUCAGUCGGUGAAGCAAAUGACGGGCAAGUAUGUAAUAUUUCUACGGAAGAGGAUGGCUUCCAAGACGGGAAUUUUCCUGGAUGCAAAAUUAUUGAGUCAUCACAAAGUUUCACUGACAUGAGAGAGGAACCAACUCCAACU